CCCGAGGCGCCCGAGGACGAUGAGGACGAGGCGCUGCCGCACUCGGAGGUGGUGGACGUGUUCCAGGAGGGUCUCGCCAUGGUGGUACAGGACCCCCUGCUCUGCGAUCUGCCUAUCCAGGUCACGCUGGAGGAGGUCAGCUCUCAGAUAGCGCUGGAGUACGGCCAGGCCAUGACAGUCCGCGUGUGCAAGAUGGACGGCGAGGUCAUGCCGGUCGUGGUGGUGCAGAAUGCCGCGGUCCUGGAUCUGAAGAAGGCCAUCCAGAGACACGUGCAGCUGCGGCAGGAGCGCGAAGGGGGCAUCCAGCACAUCAGCUGGUCCUAUGUGUGGAGGACGUACUAUCUGACUUUCACGGGCGAGAAGCUCACAGAGGACAGGAAGAAGCUCCGAGAUUAUGGCAUCCGGAAUCGGGAUGAGGUCUCUUUCAUCAAGAAGCUGAGGCAAAAGUGA